AUGUCAGGGGACUAUGAAGAGGAUACUUGCAACAAUGCAAUAAGGUUGAUGAAAGAACUAUGCUAUAGCAAACAGGAGUACUCAGAUAAUGAAAAAUGCUUGGAGUUUUUUGACUUACUGCGAAGCCAGGGCCUCUCACGGCAUUUGGACACAGAUAUUUCUGUUAGUCUGCUUUCGGUCAUCGUAACCUUCUGUGGGAUUGUUCUAUUGGGUGUUUCACUGUUUGUUUCCUGGAAGUUGUGUUGGAUUCCAUGGAGGGACAAGGGCUCCUCCCAAACUCAACGAAAAGACCAUGGGCACCACAGUCAUCUGCACCAUUCCCAUUAUGGGGACCUCCUGGUGGAUCGCGUGGAGCUUGGACCUGAGAUGCCUGAACGUUCAUAUUUAGAUAUGGACUCUUACCCAGAAGCCAACAUUAAAAUAAGUCAGACAUCUCCUGAUAUACCUGUGGAGGGUCAGGCUGUGGCCAAGGAAUCACAGAUACCUUAUGCACAGUCACACCAGCAAGUGGCAAACAUACCUCCAACUGCCAGGUAUAAUACACUGCCCAGGCCCAUGACCCAGCAACUGUCUAGUCCUGAUUUUUCAGGUCAUGUGGAUGAAAAACCAGAGCAGGCCACCAGCAUUGGUCAGAUUAAGCCAGAAUUAUACAAGCAACGAUCAGCAGAUGCCGAAAUGAAAAAACUGGAAGCAACCAGUUGUGGGCGCAUCAGCUUCAUCCUGCGCUAUGCCUAUAAUACAGAGCAGCUGGUGGUAAAGAUCCUGAAGGCCCUAGACCUACCGGCAAAAGAUGCUAAUGGAUUCUCAGACCCCUAUGUUAAGAUGUAUCUACUGCCAGAUCGUAAGAAAAAAUUUCAGACUAAGGUUCAUCGCAAGACUCUUAAUCCAAUCUUUAAUGAGACAUUCCAUUUUAAUGUGCCCUUUAAUGAGCUGCAGAACCGAAAAUUGCACUUCAGUAUCUAUGACUUUGACCGCUUCACCCGUCAUGACCUUAUUGGGCAGGUGGUGCUUGAUAACCUCCUAGAGUUCUCUAAUCCCACAGAAGAGAGUCCAAUCUGGAGAGACAUCAUGGAAGGAAAUUCAGAGAAAGCUGAUUUGGGUGAAAUAAACUUCUCGCUGUGUUACCUCCCAACUGCUGGCCGUCUCACUGUUACCAUCAUUAAAGCAACCAAUCUAAAGGCAAUGGAUUUAACUGGAUUUUCAGAUCCAUAUGUCAAAGCUUCUUUAAUCUGUGAGGGGAGGAGACUGAAAAAACGUAAAACGUCAAUAAAAAAGAAUACAUUAAACCCAACAUAUAAUGAGGCUCUUGUCUUUGACAUUCCCAAUGAGAAUAUGGACCAUGUAAGCCUCACGAUUGCUGUUAUGGACUAUGAUUGUAUAGGACACAAUGAGGUUAUUGGUAUGUGUCGUGUGGGGAGUGAUGCUGAUAUGCCUGGCAGAGAACACUGGAGUGAGAUGUUGGCAAAUCCAAGAAAGCCGAUAGAACAUUGGCACCAGCUUGUUGAGGAGAAAGCUUUAGGCACCUUUCUGACUAAAUCCCCACCACCUCGAGAGAAACCUAGUAUAGUAGUGGAUAAUAUUCAGUCUGACUAGCUGUUUCUGCUGCCUAGAAAGAGGAGAACAGAUAAAAUGAACUGUCUCCAAGCCAGGAGUUUGUUUCCUCUUCAUUAGACCGUUUUCACGAGGUGGGUCCUGAAACAGAAGAAAAGAAAAAGCUGCAAAAUGCACCAGUUAAUUGCAAAAUCAUUUUGAUUUCCUUAAAGCCAUACAGUACUCAUGAACAUUUUGGUUCAACCCCACCAUACUAUGGUGAACUUUGAGAGUUUUCUGUUCCUGUUAAUACAGAAAAUAGACUAGUGGUCACCAUUUAAACUCCAGCAAUGCUCUACAUAAAGCAUGGGGAAUGAAGAACAGCAUAUGGAACAGAACUACAUUUUUGGAUGAAGCAAACAUGAAUUAAUUAAUGUUGACACCUCAUCUGAGUGAUCUGCAUGUCAUGGAAAAGCCUCUCUGCCUAGCCGGCAUUUACUGUAUCUCCCUGGGCAUGGUGAUACAGUGCUUGACAGCAGGAGUAAUUCCACCAUGGUCCUUAGA